AUUGAACAGUCGAAAAUGAAGAAGAAACUGAGAAUUAGCACAUGAAGCAAACAUCAAAACAAAUAGUUUGUGCAAAUAACACACAAAUUCGGCACACGAAGCCGGAUGAAUGAAAACUGUUUUGUUUUUUUCUAGAAUUACUGAGCUAUAAGCAAACCGAGAUGCUGAACACGUUCGUACACUAAUUGGCGCUGGAGAUUUUUGAGUGCUUAUAACAAAACACUGUUGUAGCACAGGAAAUGGAUUUCCUACUGCUUCUGGGCGUGGUGGUGGUAGUUUAUGGGGUUCUACUAUUUUUCGAUAGCUUUUUCAAGAGUUGCAUGCACUAUCCUUACGAGGCCUUCCUCAAAAGCACCGGCCUGUCAGUCAAAUUUUUACGCCUUCAAUGGCACACAACGGCCCUGAAUCGGUCUAUUGUGAAAUGGAGUACGGCCUACCCGAAGCUGCUGGACCUAAAUUUUAGUCUAGGCGUGUACUUGUCACUAGUAUUGAUGCCAUUGGCAACCUGCUUAAUUGUGGUGUCAGCUUUUCACACGAAAGGGACUGGGCGGGGUGCUCCCGAAGGAGCGACAGCUACAUCAGGCACGGAUAGUAAGCAGCCUGUCUCGAUUGAUCUGUUGAUUCCGGGCGUCAAUUUACCAAUCAACGAAAUCGGGUAUUAUAUCGCGGCGUUGGCCAUCAACAGUAUCGUGCAUGAAAUGGGCCAUGGGUUGGCUGCUGUGCUGGAGGACGUCCCAAUCAAAGGAUUCGGCCUACACGUGAUGUUGAUUGUUCCAAUGGCUUACACCCAGCUCAAUUCGGAUCAGCUGAACGCGCUGAGAACUUGGAAGCGGUUGAAGGUACUUUGUGCUGGAAUUUGGCACAAUCUUUUGCUCGCAGCGUUUGCAUACUUGCUAUUUGUGACCACUCCGGUCAUGUUGUCGGCGAUUUAUAGGGUGAACGAAUCGGUUAUGGUGACCGAUAUCAAGAACAACUCGCCAUUGCUGGGUGCGAAAGGGCUGGAAGAAGGUGACAUCAUAACUUCGAUCAACGAUUGCGAAAUACGGAAUGAGCCCUCCUGGUUCGGCUGUUUGCUUGAAACACUCCAAUCGCAACCGUCAUAUUGCAUAUCGCCGGAAUUCGUACACCUAAACGAUGAGUCUGUUCCCAUAUCCCAUAGGAACGAUGGCCUCAUCGAGUGCUGCAGCGUCGAAAACAAGGCGUCCAACUGCUUCGAGUAUAUGGUGGAUGUGAACGAGGAAGACGUUGCGCUGCCUCAGCACAUGUGUCUCAACAUCCGGAAGGUGAUUGAGAAUUCGUUCGGGUAUUGCCACCUUAAACCUAUCUGUACCGAGGGCCACUGUUUUAAGCCAAUGAUCAACAACUUCACCACGAUCAUGCAGAUUCGGAGGGAACGCAAACCGGACGUUAUAUACAUAGGCCACCCGGGAGAUCUUACGCGGACGAUUCGAAUAUCGCAGUUCGUCCCGAAGACUUCGUUUUUCAGACCAGGAUUCGCUGAUGCGAUACAGUUGCUGCUGAAGUAUGUAACCGUUUUCGCCGUUGGACUGGCGGUCAUCAACGUGAUUCCCUGCUUUGGGUUCGACGGUCAGCAUAUUGUGAACACGCUGUUGGCAAACGGAUUCGUCAUCAGCAGGGUGCCCUUGAAAAGCAAACGAGAUGUAAUCGCUCUGUGCAUCAACAUCAUUGGGACACUGUUUGUGUUUAUUUUACUCGCGAAGGUAUUUUGGCAGAUGGUUUUCAAGGCCAUUUGGGAGUAAGCGAUGAUGAUGAUCGGGGUGGUGAUAAAGCAAGCUGUAGUCAAUAGUCUUUAGAAGUCGCGGGGGAAUCACUGAAAUUACGUAGACGAGAUACUAGGCGCUACUAGUGGAUAGGAUUUUAAGCAACGCAAACAACUUUUAUUAUUAGUAGUAAUUGUUCUAAGCAAAAUGUAGCUAAAUACAAUCACUCUUUUUACCA